UAUUGGUCCGCUAAACGACAUCUCACCUGCGGCAACCCAACACCAGGUCCAUCAUGGUCGCAAAAGCCUAUUCCAUGGCGUGGUUCCGCGCCGGGAAAACUCAAAACUGCCACUGCCGCCCUUGUGCUUUGCCUUAACAUCGACGUAGACCCACCCGACAUAAUCAAAACCAAUCCCUGUGCGAAUCUGGAGUGUUGGGUGGACCCUCAUACCUUGCCAGCCCAGAAGGCACUUGAGGCGAUUGGCAACAAUUUGCAACACCAGUUUGAAGGACUCAGCCUCAAGAUUGGCUACAAAUACAUCUUGGAUCCAUCUGUAGAAGAUCUUCGUCGAUUUUGUCAAACUCUACGAAAGCAAGCAAAAGAUGAUGCAGUUUUAUUUUACUACAAUGGCCACGGCGUCCCCAAACCGACAGCGAGCGGGGAAUUAUGGUGUUUCAACAGGAAUUACACGCAAUACAUUCCUGUGUCACUGCAAGAGCUUCAGGCUUGGGUAGGGUCUCCUGGAGUUUACAUCUGGGAUUGUUCUGCUGCUGGCCAUCUUUUGCAGAAUUUCAACAUGUUUGCUGAGCGAAAGGACAACGAAGUCAACAUGAUGCAGGGGGGAUAUUCUAAUGGCGCUCAGCCCAUGAUCAAUUCGCUCCAACUGGCAGCGUGUGGUGCAAACGAACAACUUCCUUCAUGCCCAGAAUUACCGGCAGACGUUUUUACAUCCUGUCUCACCUCACCCAUUGAUAUCGCACUCAGAUAUUUCAUCAUGAAUCACCAGCUCCCCAAUAACAUAACUGCUGAUAUGGUCCUCCAACUUCCAGGCGAUCUCAAAGACCGACGCACACCUCUGGGGGAACUCAAUUGGAUAUUUACCGCAAUCACUGAUACCAUUGCAUGGACUACAUUUUCUCGUGAUAUCUUCACCAAACUUUAUCGAUGCGACUUACUGAUCGCCUCCCUUUUCCGAAACUUCCUCCUUGCUGAAAGAAUCAUGAAGAACUAUCACUGCACGCCGCACACCUUCCCUCCUCUUCCCCCAACCAACACACAUCCACUUUGGGCAACGUGGGAUUUGGCGGUAGAUACGUGCUUGCGACAAUUACCGGAUCUCUUAUCCAGGAGCGCCUGUAACCCCUAUGUCUACGUCCCUAGCAAAUUCUUCGCUGAUCAACUCACCGCAUUCGAAGUUUGGAUCUCCAGAGGCGGCUCGGCUCUAACCAGACAAAACCAUCUCGUACCACGUAAACCGCCAGACCAGCUCCCUAUUGUCCUCCAGGUUCUUCUCUCCCAGCCGCACAGACUGAGAGCCCUCAUCCUCUUAUCCCAAUUCGUUGAUCUAGGACCAUGGGCAGUGCAUCUAGUGCUCACGAUCGGUAUAUUCCCCUACAUCUCAAAGCUGCUCCAGGCUCAAGGCCAGGAUUUACGCCCAGUGUUGAUAUUCAUUUGGGCAAGGAUUCUCGCGGUGGACCCGACGGUGCAAACAGACUUGUUCAACACGCAGGGUUUCAAGUACUUUGCCAAUGUGCUUGGGCUUAGGAACGAAGAUGUCCUGCCGAACAGUUCAGAGCACAAAGCGAUGUGUUCAUUCAUACUCGCAGCAGUGUGUCGUGAUUUUUACCAGGGACAGACCGCUUGUUGCGAUGAGCGGGUGUUCGACAACUGUUACGAGAGAUUGGACGAGGCUGACUUUUUGUUGAGGCAGUGGACUGCGUUGUGCAUUGCUCAGAUGUGGGACACGAACGAUGAGAUGAAGGUGUAUGGAGUGGACCGAGGGACUCAAGAUAAAUUGACCGAACUGCUUUCGGAUGACUCUGCAGAAGUGCGAUCUGCUGCGCUCUACGCCCUUGGAACGUUUUUGGGUGCUAGUGGGGCUAUAGACGCAACCAAGCAGGGUGGUGGAGGCUCGGGAAUGGAGGUGGCUGUCGCUACUGGUGCCACGCUUGCCAUCAAGGACGACGCGAGUCCCAUGUGCAGAAAGGAAUUACUCGUUCUCAUCAGCUGCUUAGUGAAAGAGUGGCGGGGUUACUUCGUCGUCUGCGCUUGGAUCUAUUGGGAAGAAGAUCGGAAGUGGAGAGCUUCCACGAGUGGGCAUCAUCAUUCGCCUUUACAUGACGAAGACGUUACGAAUCAAGCUAAUCGUGUCCUUUUAUCAUCAUUCUUCACCAUCUUUGUGGUGCUUUUGGAUUUGUCUGUCGAUCCAUAUCAAGAAGUCGCCGCAAAUGCGCAAACUAUUGUCGACUAUAUCAUGGCACUCCUCCUUGAAUCACCCUUCACGCGCUUGGAGGGAACAUCAUUGAAUAACCCUCCUACGGCGCCUGCUGAUCGACACGCAUCUCCUCAGCUUGGCACAGCGAGUCAUUCACCCCCCUCACCCAUUACUGGGGAUCGACCCGGUCUCACUCGAAGUGACACCAUGACAAGCACCAUAUCUAGUGGCGUAUCAAACACCCUUCGUCGAACCUCAUCCUUUGCCAACGCCUUGAAAUCGUUGGCGAACGGCAUCGCCUUCCCAUCUUCAUCGGACGACGGACGAGCAUCACCUAUCGUUUCCACUCAUGUUCAUUUCCAGCCCGAAGUGACAGACAUCUCACGUCCGCCUUCACCCAAUCUCAACGUAGCACAAUACACGUCGCCUUACUCACGGCCCACCACUCCACAGGGAGGCUCGCACGAUAUGCAAAGCCAAAAUGUGAUAGAUUUCUUGCCCUGCGAUUAUUUCAAGGAGCCUCAAAUGAGACAAUCUGAGAGUGACGAGCCUGGAAGCAUUCAAUACAACUACCAAGUCUGGAGACAACAGAGGAACGAGCGGAUUUGCGAACAGACAGACUCGCAGGCUUGUGCAGCGGAGAAAGGCAGAUGGGAUAAAACAGUGGCGACUUUCCAAGUACAGGGGUACCCCUUGACCAUGGCUUUCCACUCCUAUGAUCAGCACCUUGUCAUCGCAAAUGAGAGCGACAUGAUCAGUGUCUGGGAUUGGCUAGCAAAGAAGCGUCUCAACUACUUUUGCAAUGGCAACCCCAGAGGUACGAGCAUCACGUCACUCGACAUCAUCAACCAGGACGUAGGUGGUCUCAUUUUAACUGGAUCUGCUGAUGGCAUCGUACGUAUGUACCGGAAUUAUGAUCCAACUUUGGAACAGGGACCUUUACAAAUGGUCAGCGCCUUCCGAGGUCUGAAUGAAGUCGUCCAGUUACGACAAGGCACUGGCAUGAUCAUGGAUUGGAAGCAGUCGGCAGGUAUCUUACUCGUGGGAGGCGAUUCCCGGGUCAUCAAGGUUUGGGAUGCACAAACUGAGACUCAAGGCCUAGACCUCGAAACUAACUCAGACAGUCCUGUCACAUCCAUAACUUCGGACCCUGGCUCUUCUCAAACGUUCAUUGCGAGUUUUGCUGAUGGCACCCUCAAGGUGUUUGACCGUCGACUUGAAGAUGAUGAGGCUAUAGUGAGGUCCUAUUCUGAUCACACAUCUUGGGUGCAAAACGUACGGUACCAUCCGAAGUUAAGUGGAAGGUUCCUGUCUGCAAGCGUGGAUGGCCAGGUGAAACUCUGGGAUCUACGAGGCUCUGAUUCUCCCACGCAAUCGUGGCACAUUCAUCAACAAGGACUCUCCACUUUCGACGUCCACCCUCAUUCGAGCGUCUUUGCCGCGUAA